UUUCAUUUAAGUAUGAUGCUGUAUGAAUUGUAAAUUAAACUGUCCAUAGAAGUUGCAAAUUAAAUAUACAGAGAAUGUACUAUCAGUGUUUCUAUUGAAUGAUCCAGAACUGAGGAGACAUGUGCUGGUACAGGUGUUGGUGUCCUUUGAAGAUGUGGCUGUGGACUUUACCCAGGAAGAAUGGCAGACAAUGGACAAUUCUCAGAGGGCUCUGUACAGGGAGGUGAUGCUUGAGACCUAUAACAAUCUGCUGUCUGUGGGAUACUCCAUGACAAAGCCUGAUGUGAUCUUCAAGUUGGAACAAGAAUCAGCACCAUGGAUAGUGGAGAAAUCUGUGAAUCAGAGACUUCCAGAUCCCCAUGGAAAGAAUGAGCUGCUUGGAGCUAAGCAGAAAGUUCAAGAAAUAAUCUUCAGGUAAGUUGUAAUCUGAAAAAUUAUAGA